AUGGACCUGGACCCCGAGGGCAUCUUCCGCGACGACAGCGACGAGGACGACGACAACCUCCAUGAGAGGGAGGCCAACAAGGAGAUGGUCGUCUACCUCAUAGACGCCUCGCCCAAGAUGUUCACCCCCGCCAACGCCGCCAAGCCAGAUGAGAAUCAGGAGACACAUUUCCAUACCAUAGUGAACUGCAUCACGCAGUCUCUGAAGACACAGAUUAUCGGGAGAUCCCGUGAUGAAGUUGCAAUAUGCUUCUUCAACACCAAAGAAAAGAAAAAUUUACAGGAGCUGGCUGGUGUAUAUGUUUACAAUGUCACAGAACGAGAGCAACUUGAUAGGCCUGAUGCAAGACUGAUUAAAGAAUUUUCUUGUGUAGAAGAUUCUUUUAUGAAUAACAUUGGAAGCCGGUAUGGAAUAACCUCUGGAUCUCGAGAGAAUACCCUGUACAAUGCUCUUUGGGUUGCACAGGCACUGCUGCGUAAAGGAUCUGUGAAGACUGUGAGUAAGAGAAUCCUCAUAUUCACCAAUGAGGAUGAUCCUUUUGGUGGUAUUACAGGAGCAGCAAAGACUGAUAUGAUCAGGACCACAAUUCAACGUGCAAAAGAUGCACAAGAUCUGGGCCUGUCUAUUGAACUUCUUCCAUUAAGUAGGCCUGAUGAGGAUUUCAACAUGUCCCUGUUUUAUGCAGACACAAACUCUUCUGGGCUGCAAUCAGGCGCCUCUCCUGAUUGGGUCAUUGAAACACGGACUAGUAGUCCUAGUCGAUUAUCACCUUACCGUCCAAAGUGGGUUCAGAUGCUGCUGCUGUUGCUGUCUUGGAUCUGCGCCUGUAGGCUGGAGGAUAUGACUGAUCAACUGAGAAAGCGAAUGAUGAAAAAGCGCAAAGUCAAAACUCUCUCAUUUGCAAUUACGAAUGAUGUUUGCAUAGAGGUGAACACAUAUGCGCUAAUCCGUCCAACUGCUCCAGGGACGAUUACGUGGCUUGACUCGAUCAGUAACCUUCCAUUAAAGACUGAAAGGUCUUUCAUAUGCAAUGACACCGGGGCCCUUCUUCAGGCUCCCCAAGAGCGCUUCCAGCUAUACAAUGAUAAAGUUGUUAAAUUUUCUGUUCGUGAAUUGUCUGAUGUGAAGAGGGUUUCAAGUCAUCAUCUUCGCCUUUUAGGGUUCAAGCCAUUGGAUUGCUUAAAAGAUUAUCAUAACUUAAGUCCGUCAACAUUUAUUUACCCCAGUGAUGAGCAAAUAUUCGGAAGCAUUCGUGUGUUCGUUGCUUUACAUAGCUCGAUGCUGCGUCUUGGACGGUUUGCACUUGCGUUUUAUGGGACCCCAACUCGCCCACGGCUUGUAGCCCUUGUUGCACAAGAAGAGGUUAUUUCUUCGAGUGGUCAAGAUGAGCCACCUGGAAUGCACAUGAUCUAUCUUCCAUACUCGGAUGAUGUUAGAUAUCCUGAAGAGGUUCAUCUGACUUCUGGGGAUGCACCUCGCGCUACAGAUGAGCAAAUAAAGAAAGCUUCGAAUCUGUUGAGACGUAUUGACCUGAAGCAUUUCUCAGUACGCCAUUUUGCUAACCCAGGAUUACAAAAACACUACGGGAUUUUGGAGGCCUUAGCUUUAGGUGAGGAUGAGAUGCCGGAUAUAAAGGAUGAGACCCUUCCAGAUGAAGAAGGCUUGGAACAGCCAGGAGUAGUUAAAGCUAUAGAAGAAUUUAAGGCUGCAGUGUUUGGUGAAAAUUAUGACCAAGAGGAAGCUGAGGCAGCAGCAGCAAAAGGUGGGGCCUCAAAGAAGAGGAAAGCAAUUGUGGAUGCAGCUUCACAGAAAAGCGCGGCUUAUGAUUGGGCAGACCUUGCAGAUAAUGGGAAGCUGAAGGACAUGACAGUGAUGGAUUUGAAGACCUACCUGACGGCGCAUGGCCUCCCGGUUUCUGGUAAGAAAGACGCCAUCAUCAGCAGGAUCUUGACUCAUCUAGGCAAGUGA